AUGACAGGCCGCAAGCCAGCCCGCCCCGCGCUUGGCGGCGCGGCGGCGACCGUGCUGCUGCUCCUCGCGCCGGCGCUGCUGGCGCCCGGCGCGCGGGCCCAGGGCCUGGCCGACGACCCGAACGCCAGGCUGGGGGCGGCGCAGAGCCUCGCGUCCCUGUCCAAGCUGCUGGCGCAGGCGCAGAGCUUCAGGACGCUCUUCAAGGCGAACCCCAGCGGCGCGUGCUCCUCGAGCAUCAAGUCAUUCUGCAAGUCGUCCGCCACUCUGGAUGAGAUCGGCACGCUUUACGUUGCUAUGAGCCAGCAGGCGUUCGACGCACGCACCGCGGGGCUGGCUUCGCCGGUGCGGGACCAAAAGGACUGCCUCACUUGCACAUCGUUCGCCACCAUCAGCGCGGCCGAGGCUGCGGUCAGCGCGGCGCUGAAGCAGAGUGCCAAAUCCAAGGAGUGGAGCGUGCAGGCGCUCCACUCUUGCAGCACGGAGCAUGGGGAGGAGCGCACCUGCAGGUCAACAGUUUCUGUGCUGGACGCCGUGAAGGCUCUCCAGCCAUCGAAGCGGAAGCUCGUGACCGAGGACUGCCUCCCCUACACCAUCAGCGAGGGCGCGAGUUACAACAAAGAUAACUGUGCCGAAAAGUGCAAGAACCAGGACCCGGCGAUCUCUCAGGGCACGUUCAGCUACAAGCAGCUGAACACCCCGUGGGAGGUGCAGCAGCACAUUCGCAACUGGGGCGGCGUCAUCACGCGGCUGAACGUCUAUCAGGACCUGCGCACCUUUUUCAAGGACAAACCCCGCGGCAUCUACAACGGCGUCGAGCGCACUGGCAACCAGUUGAUGGAGCCGCACGCGGUGCUGUUCGUGGCCUCCUGCUUGCGACGGCCGGGCCGCGUACCUGCGCGAGCGCGAAACCGCGCCGCCUUGUGA